CAUAACCCAGAAACUUUAGCAUAUCAAAACAUUCAGUCCAAAAAUUUAAAAAAAUUUAAUUAGUAUGGAAGACGGUCGCAUACUGAAGCUGACGGAGUUGUUGAAUUUGAUUUGCUAUGCGCAGGAAAGCUAUAGGUUCUUCAGGCAGCAGAUCAAGUAUGAAAAUCUAGUAAAUGCAAAAGUGGCCCACAAAAAACAGGACAACUCCGGAAAAAUACAGGAUUGUAAGAUCAAAUUGAAGAAAACUAAGCACAAGAUGAAGAAAUUGCAGUCCACAAUUCAAGAACGGAACGGGGAUCUCAAGGUUACAAGGGCUUUCCUGGAUGCAACCGAACUUGUGGAGGAAAACGUGUCAGUCGAACAGAAUAAACUAAGCGCUGAUACCGAAGCAGAACUGAGAUCUUCGGGAUACUCUUUUAACUCUUAUGGAGCUUAAAAGAAGGUCGUUAAGCAUUAUUUUAAGGGAUGUUAACUUAAUACCUUAAAUCAAAAACGUUAACUUACUAAAUUGAUUCUAGUUACUUAGGCGCUUAAAGUUGAUCAGAAUCUUUUCACACUUCAAUUCAAAAAGUAUUUUUCAAAGUGGAAUGAAGUGAAAUGACUUAUUGAAAACUAUUCUAAGGCACUGUUUAUCCCAAAGACUUCUGUAACUGACGCGAUAAAUGUAAAACCUAGUAAGAAUGCAGAUAUAUCAAUUUAUUGUUCAGAGAUAUGGACUUUAACCUUUACAGUGGUAGAAGGCUCGUGGCAUUCUACAUUAGGCUGCUGCCACCGAGAGCUGCCUACCCGUUUGACCUAAAAAAAAGUGAGCGGCCAAGCCGCAAGUAGGAGUAAUUUCUACUUAGCCGCAACUAACUACGGGCAGCGAUGGAAGUGUUGGAAAAAACGGAGAGAGGAAACUUUGGAACGCCUCAGAAAUUAAAAUAAAGUGCCAAGAAAGUGAAAAGCGAGUGGCCCAUGCCCUGGGAACAGCAUCUUGAAGUUGGCCAAAGCCAAAGCCCGGCCAUCAGCGCCAACUUCCGUUUGGGCCAACAUCGCACCGCAGCAACCACUUCUUGUUUCCAUUACUUUUUCCAUUCUCAUUCUCGCUCUUACAAAUACACAAUAAAAAUUAAUGAUAAAAAUAAAUACAAUCUUGUGAUCAAA